AUGAGUGCUGGAGGUAUAGAUAAACCUGUUGUAUAUAUGCAAAGUCACAAGUGGAUCGUAGAGAUCCGCCGGCGUACGAACAUCGGUCCGCCCACGCUCGAAGCCGAGCUCGUCGGGGUCGGGGCGGAGGUCGAUCACAUCGACGUCAGUGAGCUGCUCAUCUGCACUGGCAAGAGCGACGCGGCUGUCUCGUCCUCCGCGGUCCAAGUCCACCAGCGUCGGGAGCGUGAGCACGGCAACGGUGCUGGCCGCGCGGAGGGGAGCUCCGGAGAGCGGGGGCCAGGGCAGCUGCGAAGUUGUGGCUGCCUGAGAGUCCGAGACGGUGCCAGCAACACAGAGGUUGGUUCGAUGUAUGGGUGUGGGAGCCACACUGCAAUUGGUGCGAGACGUGGCCAGACACAGAUCCCGCGACGCGAUCACGAGAGCAAUGCGCCGGGCAGGCGUCCGCAGCGGCUUCAAUGUACGCACCUUGUCGAUGAGCUUGAGAUCUUGAAAGUAGGAAACAGUUUUGACGAGCACGUCCAGCACAGCCUCUUGAAUUUCUGGCAUGUCACACUCCGCUCGCGAGUCCCUCCGCAAAUUCAACCACUCCCGCAUCGGAAGGCCCGCCAGACCAAGAUCAGCCUGGCAGACGCCUGUGACACUGAAGCCGGCGAAAAACGAGGCAAGACGAAUGCGAAGGGCAGGAUGGACUCGUGCCAGGCUUGCGGCCGCGACGGGUCACGGCGCUGGGCUUGUAUCACUUCGUCGCCAGAGUUGGAGUGGAGUGCGUCUGGCAAGCUGGUCCUAGAAACAGCGCUAUUGCGAAGGAUGGCACUGGCCGGCACAUCCCAGUGGCACACGUACUACGGCGCUUGGGCGAUGUAUGGGGACAGGCCGCUUAUGUAA